AAGAUACAAGUGAAUUUUUUACUACGGGCGAAUGUCGGUCCCGACUCCGGUGUGGGCAUGGUAGACGACGAAGGAUGGGUUAGUCGCGCGGUGCUCGUUUUACGUCGUAAAAUUCGGAAGGAAGGCUAACUGGUGACCAACUCCAUGGCAGGCGAGGGAUGCUGACAGCGAGUAUUUGAUCGCGCAUUCGUGCCGUUACAAGCACACAAGCUGUCAACCGCGAUGGAGAACCCAGGGCUGAAACUGACCGAUGCCGAGCAGCGCUAUUUCGGCGAGCUGUUCUCUGCUUACGACGUCGACGGCCAAGAAAAAAUAUCUGGUUCCAAGGCAUCUGAGCUGCUACUGGCAACACAGCUACCAACGGAAACGCUGCAGCAGAUAACAGAGUUGUGUGGUGCCAAACGCCUGGGCCACUUUGGUCGUCCCCAGUUCUACCUGGCCAUGAAACUGAUAGCGGCUGCACAGGCUGGCCUUCCUCUCAAGAUGGACAUCUUCUCUUCGGGUGUAGAAGUUCCCCUCCCAAGGUUCCAUCGGACCACUGACCACGCUGGCCACCCAACUCAGCUGCCGCCACCACCAUCAAAAAGCCACAACAAGGCAACCAGGCAGCCAAGCCUCAAGGACCUUGAACUGUCACCGCAACAUCAGCCGUAUGGCCCAGCUGUGGCUGGCUACCCCCAGGUGCCCCCUAGGGAAUCACGGGACUCUUCCCCUGAAGUGCACACGAGCUCCGACAAGACGUGGACCAAAUUUAACCAGACAGGUGAUGGGCAGCUAAACUGGAGCCACUUUGAAGAGCACCGGCAGCUACUGGGAAAUGAGGAGGACAGCAGCGACCGGCAUUCAAGCGACGAUGACCACGACGUCUGGAGCAUCGCAGACGACCAGCGUGACUACUACACUAACCAGUUUCAGCUCAUGCAACCGGACCUGCGGGGGAAGAUCACUGGUGCAGUUGCCAAGGAGUUUUUUGAGAAGUCAAAGCUUCCUGUUCACGAGCUAUCCAAAAUAUGGCAACUGUCGGAUGUAGACAAGGACGGUGCUCUGAGCAUCGAGGAGUUCUGCACAGCGAUGCACCUGGUGGUGCUGCGGAGGAACAACAUAGAGCUUCCGGACACCCUGCCACCUUGUCUGGUCCCUAAGAUGCCUCCAAAGGGUGUGGAUGCUGUGGAUGCAACUGCCUACCAGGUUCCGCCGCAUCCUGUUACCCAGCCGGUGCACAUAGCCAGCCCCAAAGGCCACACACCGCCCCCUUCGAAAGAACCUCUCUCGCCACAGAACAAAGAAUGGACCAAGUUCAGCGACUCCCCUACUAGCACUGUGUCAUCUCCCAGCAUGAAGCCGGUGAAUUUCGAUUUCUCCACGGCCUCUGUUGAACAGGAUCCCAGGAUACUGCACCCAGUUGCUCGUCGCGUGUCACCCGACGGGCAUGCCCUCCCCUACAAUGAGCAGGACAAGGCAGGCCUGUCUGCGGAUGCAUGUGGUGAUUGCAGGUCUGGAGCAGCACCAAAGAACAUAGUGAAAAGGCUUUCUGGCCCUGUUGUGCCUACAGCUCCUCAGCAGACAUUGGCUUAUGUUGUCACAACUGAAGUCUCGGGAGACAAUGCUGCAAAGGAUCUGAGACGAAGCUCGUUCUCGGGGGCAACGGGUGCGGUGCCAGUCGGCUCCCAGGGCCAACUGCCGCCCAAGAAGGAGCCCCCUCCGCCGCCACCUCCAAGGCCCAAGCGCAACCACACCCGCAGCUCCUCGCUCGACCUCAACCACCUGGGCAAGGCAAACCCACAGGGUUUGGGAGCCCCACCUGCUGUUCCCCCAAGGAUCUCUCCAGGAAAUGAACAGGAGAAUGAAGACAAUGAGGAGGUUGCUACGAAGAGCUUCACGGGAGAUAUUCCUCGAGCACUAGACUUUGCAGACUUUGACCAGUUUGCUGAAUCGCGCAGCGAUGUUGCAAGCGGUCCGGUUCAGCAACUUCAGCCUGGUGCAUUUGAGGUCUACAAGAAGCCUUCGGCUGAAUACAUGUUGCCAUCACCAUAUUCGUCGGAGUCUGAGUAUUCUGAUGAGUUCCUCGAUGACUUGGACUCUAGUCCAGCUCCCACUGAUGACAGUGCAAUGCUACUAGUCGACCAGACUGAUGACGCCAGCGAGAAAAAGAAACGACGCAAGGCACCGCCAGCCAUGGCAGCCACUGAAAUGAAGACCAUUCCAAACGAGAAGUAUGGCUUGCAACAGGCAGUGCGGGCCCACCGCGAGCGGAACAACAUGCUCAUGCUCCUCAACACCGAGCUGAACCAGGAGUUGGUAGAGGCCACUGAGGAAAGACUCUCACUCGAGCUACAGCUGGAGAACCUCAAGCCCUUCUCUUGCUGAUGCAAGCAGCAGCAUUUGAAGAGAACGCCCCAUCACUCCCAUGUCUACACCUUCCCCCUCGGCACUCCUAACACUGCUGGAGGACCGCUCAAUUUGUCAGAAUCCCUCCCCCCUCUCCUGGUUUUAAAAUCCUCUCCUUUUACUUUACUGGAAGGUUAAAAAAAAGGAUAACAAAUUGAAAUUUGGUGUCGAGAAAGAGUGAGAGAGGGCCAGCAAGGUAACAAAAGUUCCGUGGAGCAUGUGUUAGCCAAUCGCGGUUAAAUAAAGCCCGUCGCCACUGCA